AUGGCAAAUUGGCGCCUCGAGGUUGGGAACAAAGGACUCGCCAUCGUGUCUUACCACGUCCCCGACGCUUUUGACGAGACCUACGAAGUUCACGACCCUUCCACGUUUACGACCUUUUCACGGCAACGCCAGCAGCAGGCUGCUCCUCCGAAUCCUGCUUCUCCAUCUUCUCUAGAUCUACCGCCCCGCCCUUUGAGUUCCGUUGGAAGCUCCCGUCCGUCACGACGACUACCUCGUCCCUCUGAAGUUCAGCGCUUGCCUCAUCGACGAGUCGCCUCGGUAGACGCAUCGGGUCGCCCUCAAUCGAAUCCUCGCCAGGCAUUACACCCGAUACCAGUUACGGUCCGACCCUCUGCAGGUGCUACUGGUGUCGCUGCCCUACGUCCUGCGCUUUCGGAAGUACAAACCGAAGACAACGCCUCUUCCUCGCCGGACAAUUCUAAACAGCCACCUGGCGAAUCAUACUGGCCUCGCAGAUCAACUAGUGUUUCCCCACGAACAGCUUCUGCGAUCCUCUGGACUCUUGAAGAAGCCAUUCGCAAACCGUUUCCAUUCACCACCGAUUGGGAAGAAGUGAACGCUUCCAUGUCUGACAUGGUAGGUGUAACGGCCUCUGCUGGUCUUGGAGGAAAUGGCCGGACUCAGAAUGGUGCAUCGCGUGCAGCCCAGGGGCCCGUGCCCGUCAAUCCGCACCCCGCAAGUGGUGUCAGAACACCAACGGAUAUCAUGAGACAGCGCCGGGAUCGAGAGGCCCGCAAAAAGGCCGAGCAGGAAGCUAGGGAGCAGGAGGAACAAGAGCAGCAGUCCCAAAAGUAUGCCGCUGGCGUUGCCGGUGAUCGAACUUCCCAGCGAAGAUCAGCUGCCCCAAGAGCUCCAACGGGGCCUGAGAUUCAGCCAGACCCUCGAACGGCCAGCGCUCAAGGAGCACCUUCCGGAUAUCAGCGAAGACCAGACCCUCAGGCUCAACCUAACUCUCAGCCGCCGCACGUUCAAUUCCAGGGUGCGCCAGGGCCAGGUGCAUUCCCUAAACAACCUGCGCAAGGUGCUCCUCCUAGUCAAUCUAGCUCCUCGCAACCCCCACAGCAGCAACAACGCCGUGUGGCUUUCCCUCAUGCAUUUGAGAGAUGGGAGACACUGUCUUCACAUUGGGAAGGUCUGACGGGCUACUGGAUCCGGAAGCUCGAGCAGAACAAUGAGGCCUUCGAACGCGACACUCUCAGUCAGCAAAUGGCCCGCCAAGUCACAGAUCUCUCUGCUGCCGGUGCAAAUCUUUUCCAUGCAGUUGUGGAGCUACAGCGAUUGCGAGCGUCAUCGGAGCGGAAAUUUCAACGGUGGUUCUUUGACACUCGUGCUGAGCAAGAGCGAGCCAAAGAACUCCAAGGAGACUUAGAAAAGCAGGUCAAGACGGAACGCCAGGCACGAUCGGAAGCCUUUGCUUCGUUGCAAAAGGCCGAAAGCGACAAGGCACGAGCCGAGGAUCUCCUGAAGGAAAUGCGUCGCGAGCUCCAAAUUUCGAAAGAGGAAGCCCGUCGAGCUUGGGAAGAACUUGGUAGACGCGAGCAGGAAGAGAGAGACCGUACUACUUCGCUUCGGAGCGGUGAGCCCACUUUGGUCGGGGGUGUGCAGGUGGUGCCUAUGGUCCAGGGAUUGCCAAAUCGGUCAACUACUUCGAACCGUCCCUCAACCCGGGAUGACACUUCCUAUCAUGGGGCUUCUAUGGGAAGCGAACCUGGACGGACAGGAGACGGCCGAUACUACGACGAUGCUCCGUCGCCCACCGGCUCUGACCCAUUUACCGAACGAAGGAAUGAGUCAGAGGCACAACGUUAUGGCUCUCGGCAACCACCAGUCUCUAGUGCCCCAGAAUCCUCGGGGCAAUACGCUGGCCAGUUCUUCGAACAUGAAAGCGCCACGUACCCCGGUCAAACCCUCGACGACGCGGAUGACCGUUCGUUCGUGCCCAGUGCCCCAAGCAGUGAGCAUGGUGAUGAGGAGUAUGGCAGCUACCGUCGUGAUGCUCAGGGCCGCCCGGUUGUCUACCCUCGCCCCAUGUCUGAAGAGAGUGACGAAAAUGACAACAUCCACGACAUGACUCAAGCCGAGUACAUCCCUAGCACCCUGGCAUCAACCUCGGCACCCCUCUACACUGGCUACACUCCGACUUCCUCUGACUAUACCGGUUCUGACUGGGGAGUUGGAACUGGAUGGGAAUCCAUGACUCCUCGCCAUCGCCAUCCCACUCGUUUGAGCGACGUUCUUGAGGAAGAAGAACCUAGGACCACCCCCAGCCGUGCCAGUCAAGCCAGCAGAAGUAUGCAGUAA